AUAUUAUUUAAAUUAUAUCUAUAUCAAAUGAAAUAAAAAUGAGCGAGGCCCCCAGAUUCUUUGUUGGGCCUGAAGAUACAGAAAUAAACCCUGGAAAUUAUCGACAUUUCUUCCAUCAUGCAGAUGAAGAUGAUGAUGAGGAUGAUGAGUCUCCACCGGAGAGGCAGAUUGUGGUUGGAAUAUGUUCCAUGGCAAAGAAAUCCAAAUCCAAACCAAUGAAGGAAAUUCUUGAACGAAUCUCCUUAUUUAAAUAUAUCACAGUAGUGGUAUUUGAAGAGGAAGUUAUUUUGAAUGAACCAAUUGGCAGUAGAAGUAGUGUUUAUUCUCCAGAAAGCAAUGUACGAAAAACAGGCUCAUAUAUAUAUGAAGAGUUUAUGCCCACGGAUGGUACUGAUGUUAAGCAAACAGUUUGUGGCUUUGAUUUGUUACGGGCCAAUGGACAGUCCUAUGUCUGUGACGUCAAUGGCUUCAGUUUUGUGAAAAAUUCCAUGAAGUAUUAUGAUGAUUGUGCAAAAAUACUUGGAAAUAUUGUAAUGCGAGAGCUUGCUCCACAAUUUCAUAUCCCCUGGUCAAUACCCUUAGAAGCUGAAGAUAUCCCAAUUGUACCAACUACAUCUGGAACCAUGAUGGAGCUUAGAUGUGUCAUAGCAGUUAUACGUCAUGGGGAUCGAACACCAAAACAAAAAAUGAAAAUGGAAGUGAGACAUCAAAAGUUUUUUGAUCUUUUUGAAAAGUGUGAUGGAUAUAAAUCAGGAAAAUUAAAACUCAAAAAGCCAAAACAAUUACAGGAAGUGCUGGAUAUUGCACGACAGCUUCUUAUGGAGCUGGGGCAAAAUAAUGAUUCUGAAAUUGAAGAAAACAAGCCAAAACUUGAACAACUUAAGACCGAUUUAUUUUCAGGAGAUUAUGCAGGAUUUCCUGGUUGUGGUUUACUUAGAUUACAUAGCACCUACCGACAUGAUCUUAAAAUAUAUGCCUCUGAUGAAGGACGAGUCCAGAUGACUGCAGCUGCUUUUGCAAAGGGGCUAUUAGCUCUAGAAGGAGAACUUACACCCAUUCUUGUUCAAAUGGUGAAAAGUGCAAAUAUGAACGGUCUUUUGGAUAGCGAUAGUGACUCUUUGAGCAGUUGUCAGCAACGUGUGAAGGCAAGGCUCCAUGAAAUACUUCAGAAAGACAGAGAUUUUACUGCUGAAGAUUAUGAAAAGCUUACUCCAUCUGGAAGCAUUUCUCUUGUCAAAUCAAUGCAUUUAAUUAAAAAUCCUGUGAAGACCUGUGAUAAAGUUUAUUCUUUGAUUCAGAGUUUGACUUCUCAAAUCAGACAUCGAAUGGAAGAUCCCAAAUCAUCAGAUAUUCAGCUUUAUCAUAGUGAAACAUUGGAGCUUAUGCUACGUAGAUGGUCCAAGUUGGAGAAAGACUUUAAAACAAAGAAUGGAAGAUAUGAUAUUAGUAAAAUCCCUGACAUAUAUGACUGUAUAAAAUAUGAUGUCCAGCAUAAUGGUUCCUUGAAAUUAGAAAACACAAUGGAAUUAUAUAGGCUUUCAAAGGCAUUAGCAGAUAUUGUUAUCCCUCAGGAAUAUGGUAUAACUAAAGCUGAAAAACUGGAGAUUGCCAAAGGCUACUGUACUCCUCUAGUUAGAAAAAUUCGCUCAGACCUACAGAGGACACAAGAUGAUGACACUGUAAAUAAACUCCAUCCUGUGUAUUCCAGGGGUGUUCUGUCUCCUGAACGUCAUGUCCGUACUAGAUUAUAUUUUACCAGUGAAAGUCAUGUACAUUCUUUACUAUCUAUUCUUCGUUAUGGUGCCUUAUGCAAUGAAUCAAAGGAUGAACAGUGGAAACGAGCCAUGGAUUAUUUAAACGUGGUCAAUGAACUCAACUACAUGACUCAGAUUGUUAUCAUGCUUUAUGAGGAUCCUAACAAGGAUCUUUCCUCAGAGGAACGCUUUCAUGUUGAAUUACACUUUAGUCCGGGAGCCAAAGGCUGUGAAGAAGACAAAAAUUUACCAUCUGGUUAUGGAUAUAGACCAGCUUCCAGAGAGAAUGAAGGCAGGAGAUCUUUUAAAAUUGAUAAUGACGACGAACCACAUACUUCUAAAAAAGAUGAGGUCGAUCGAGCUGUAAUAUUGUUUAAACCAAUGGUAUCAGAGCCAAUUCAUAUACACAGGAAGUCUCCACUUCCAAGAUCUAGGAAGAUGACUACAAAUGAAGAAGAGAGCCCCCUGAGUGUGUCUAGCCCAGAGGGUACUGGUACCUGGCUGCAUUAUACCAGUGGUGUGGGUACUGGGCGUCGAAGACGCAGAUCAGGGGAACAAAUCACUUCUUCCCCUGUCUCCCCCAAAUCAUUGGCUUUCACAUCCAGUAUUUUUGGCUCAUGGCAACAGGUCGUAUCUGAAAAUGCUAAUUACCUGCGAACAGCAAGAACUCUUGUGGAACAGAAGCAGAAUCCUACUGUAGGGUCUCACUGUGCGGGCCUGUUUAGCACCUCGGUGCUCGGGGGUUCUUCAAGCGCACCUAACCUACAGGAUUAUGCUCGUACUCAUCGUAAAAAGCUGACCUCUUCUGGCUGCAUAGAUGACGCCACACGCGGUUCUGCUGUUAAAAGGUUUUCUAUCUCAUUUGCUCGACACCCAACCAAUGGCUUUGAAUUGUAUUCCAUGGUGCCAUCUAUUUGUCCUCUAGAAACUCUUCAUAAUGCCCUAUCUUUGAAGCAGGUGGAUGAAUUUCUUGCUUCCAUUGCUUCUCCAUCAAGUGAUGUUCCACGGAAGACCCCCGAAAGUUCUUCUACAGCUUUACGUUCCAGUCCAACAAUGAGAAGGAAAGUAUCUUUAAAUACAUCAAUAGUUUGUUGGUUUCUUUGUUUGUUUUGUAUAGCUACAAGUGGACCUUCUGGUGCAGUUGUUUCUAAUACCUCAUCUCGGAAAAAGAACAUAACUAGCAAAACAGAAAUGCAUGAACACAAAAAAAACACUGGGAAAAAGAAAUGAAAUCUGAGCAGAAGCUGGAACUUCUUAUAAAAAUAACAUGUUCAGUAGAAAAAGACAUGAAACAAACUUUGGCUGAAAACUGUCAAAGCAAGUAAUUUGUGUUUCUCCUUAUGCAUCUCUGCAUUCAUUUAAAAAUGUUUUUAAAUCUAGGGGAUUGAUUGUUUAUAGUCAGGUAAGGAACUUUUGUCAUGAUCUGGAAAUGUUUAAAACAAUAUUAUUACCAUUCUAUGAGCAGCCAAACUUACGGUGAUAAAGGUCAAUUGUCGUUGAUGAGAUGUUUACCAUUUGCCUGUGGUAAAUUAAAGGAACAUAAAACCCCAGCUGUCCUGUACCAAAGUCACACCAGUAAUACUCUGCACUGCAGAGUUUGAUGAGGUAGCCUCUGUAUACAUUUUUGUUUUCAUGGAAUUGCAUCUUAGGUGUAGAAACCUUUAGCUUGGUUUGAAACUUGACAGUCAAGAUUAUAUAUUGGAGACUUUUUAAAAAGUAUAUUUCCAAAGAAAUUACAUUAACCAUUUAGAUUAGA